GGAGGGGCUGCGGGGGAAGAGGAGGAGGAAAGAAAGAAAGAGAGAGAGAGGGAAAGAGGAAGAAGGAGAAGAUGAGAGUGGGCAGAGGAGAAGGGAGGGAAGAAGGGAAGGAGCGCAGAGCCCAGCCCGGAAGCUAGGUGAGUUUGGCAUCCGAGCCGAGGGACAGGAGACUGAGACGCCGCUGCUGCUCCGGGCCGAGUAUCUCGCCUCUCUCCUUGAUGGGAUUCCCGUCCGAGCCGUCUCGAGCCUGCAGCGCCCCAGUCCCCGGCCCUCGUCCAGGUUCACUGCAACUGUGCAGAGGUCCCCAGAAGCUGCUGGCGAGCCCGCUACUGCACGGACCUAUGGAGCCAUUCCGUAGUGCCAUCCCGAGCAACGCACUGCCGCAGCUCAUCUGAGCCUUUCCAGCAAGUUUGUUCAAGAUUGGCUGUCAAGAAUCAUGGACUGUUAUUAUAUGCCUUGUUUUCUGUCAAGACACCAUGAUUCCUGGUAACCGAAUGCUGAUGGUCGUUUUAUUAUGCCAAGUCCUGCUAGGAGGCGCGAGCCAUGCUAGUUUGAUACCUGAGACGGGGAAGAAAAAAGUCGCCGAGAUUCAGGGCCACGCGGGAGGACGCCGCUCAGGGCAGAGCCAUGAGCUCCUGCGGGACUUCGAGGCGACGCUUCUGCAGAUGUUCGGGCUGCGCCGCCGGCCGCAGCCUAGCAAGAGCGCCGUCAUCCCCGAUUACAUGCGGGAUCUUUACCGGCUCCAGUCGGGGGAGGAGGAGGAGGAAGAGCAGAUCCACAGCAUUGGUCUGGAGUACCCUGAGCGCCCUGCCAGCCGGGCCAACACCGUGAGGAGCUUCCACCACGAAGAACAUCUGGAGAACAUCCCAGGGAACAGCGAAAACUCUGCUUUUCGUUUUCUCUUUAACCUCAGCAGCAUCCCAGAGAACGAGGUGAUCUCUUCUGCUGAGCUUCGGCUCUUCCGGGAGCAGGUGGACCAGGGCCCUGACUGGGAGCAGGGCUUCCACCGUAUAAACAUUUAUGAGGUUAUGAAGCCCCCGGCGGAAGUUGUGCCUGGGCACCUCAUCACACGACUACUGGACACAAGACUGGUCCACCACAAUGUGACACGGUGGGAAACUUUUGAUGUGAGCCCUGCGGUCCUUCGCUGGACCCGGGAGAAGCAGCCAAACUACGGGCUGGCCAUUGAGGUGACUCACCUCUAUCAGACACGGACCCACCAGGGCCAGCAUGUCAGGAUUAGCCGAUCGUUACCUCAAGGGAGUAGGGAUUGGGCCCAGCUCCGGCCCCUCCUAGUCACCUUUGGCCAUGAUGGCCGGGGCCAUGCCUUGACCCGUCGCCGGAGGGUCAAGCGUAGCCCUAAGCAUCACCCACAGCGGGCCCGGAAGAAGAAUAAGAACUGCCGGCGCCACUCGCUCUACGUGGACUUCAGCGACGUGGGCUGGAAUGACUGGAUUGUGGCCCCACCAGGCUACCAAGCCUUCUACUGCCAUGGGGACUGCCCCUUUCCACUGGCUGACCACCUCAACUCAACCAACCACGCCAUUGUGCAGACCCUGGUCAACUCUGUCAAUUCCAGUAUCCCCAAAGCCUGUUGUGUGCCCACUGAAUUGAGCGCCAUCUCCAUGCUGUAUCUGGAUGAGUAUGACAAGGUGGUAUUGAAAAAUUAUCAGGAGAUGGUGGUAGAGGGAUGUGGGUGCCGCUGAGAUCAGGCAGUCAUUGGGGACACACACACACACACACACACACACACACACACACACACAUACACGUACACAUAGAAACACAUUCCCAUCCACGGACCCACACACUACACAGACUGCUUCCUUAUAGCUGGACUUUUAUCUUUAAAAAAAAAAAAAAGGAAAAAAAAAAAAAAAACCUAAACAUUCACCUUGACCUUAUUUAUGACUUUAUGUGCAAAUGUUUGACCAUAUUGAUCAUAUAUUUUGACAAAAUAUAUUUAUAACUACGUAUUAAAAGAAAAAAAUAAAAUGAGUCAUUAUUUUAAAGGUAAA